AUGGUUAAAGCUGUUGUUCUUGGUGCCUCUGGCGGCAUUGGCCAGCCCCUCUCCCUUCUGCUGAAGGCGUCCCCUCUGGUUGAUGAGCUUGCCCUUUAUGAUGUUGUCAACACCCCCGGUGUUGCCGCAGACCUUUCUCACAUCUCUUCCGUCGCCAAAAUCACUGGAUACCUCCCCAAGGAUGAUGGCUUGAAGAACGCCCUGACUGGUGCUGAUAUUGUGGUUAUCCCGGCUGGCAUUCCCCGCAAGCCUGGUAUGACCCGUGAUGACCUUUUCAAGAUUAACGCCGGAAUUGUGCGUGAUCUGGCCAAGGGUAUCGCCGAACACAGCCCCAAGGCUUUCGUUCUAGUCAUUUCCAACCCUGUCAACUCCACUGUUCCUAUUGCCGCAGAGAUCCUCAAGGCUGCCGGUGUCUUUGAUCCCAAGCGCCUGUUCGGUGUGACCACUUUGGAUGUGGUUCGUGCUGAGACCUUCACCCAGGAGUUCUCGGGUCACAAGGAUCCCUCCAAGGCUACCGUGCCGGUCAUUGGUGGUCACUCCGGCGAGACUAUUGUCCCCCUGUUCAGCAAGGUUUCCCCGAGCUUCCAGAUUCCUGCGGAUCGUUAUGAGAAGCUGGUCAACCGCGUUCAGUUUGGUGGCGAUGAGGUUGUGCAGGCCAAGGACGGCGCUGGCUCUGCCACCCUCUCCAUGGCUUUUGCUGGCUUUAGAUUUGCCGAGGCUGUGAUCAAGGCCUCUAAGGGUGAGAAGGGCAUCGUUGAGCCUACCUUUGUCUACCUGCCCGGUGUUCCCGGUGGCGAUGCCAUUGCCAAGGCCACUGGCGUUGAAUUCUUCUCCACUCCCGUGGAACUGGGCCCCUCUGGUGCCGAGAAGGCUAUCAAUAUCCUGGACGGUGUGACCGAGCGCGAGCAGGAGCUUCUUGCGGCCUGUAUCGUCGGCCUGAAGACAAACAUUGAGAAGGGCGUCGAAUUCGCCAAGAACUCAACCCCAAAGUAA